UUUCGUUCAGAGAAGAACCCGAUCGUUUUACCCGGCAGUCUGUCACGGGGCGAAGAGCGGGAACCAUCACGCUAACCGGUUCCCUCAAGUUUUUUUUAGAGAAACUGUUUUUUAAUUCAAAAUCAACUAUUUCAAUAAAUUUUUCCCCUUUCAUUCGUUUGAAUGUUUCGUUGUUAUUAAUUAAGUUUUCUCCCUCCCCACUUUCAACCCCCCACGGAAUUGUGAUAUUUGUUAAGAAACAAAGACUUGAUUGUUUUUGAAUAAAAGACAACAAAAAUUGUUGUCAGACAUAAUAAGUUUGCUUCCUUUGGGGAGCUGGACCUCUGGCAAGAGGCCUAUAACGAGAUGCUGACUGAUAUGACACCAGCGGCGGCUGGUCAACUCUAUCCGCAACUACAAUCAAUCAGCAAGACACCAGUACAUGGUCAUGUGGAUCAUCCGGGACUGAGGGGCACACCCUUGGCGAUGCUGGCGGCGCAAUGUAACAAAUUGAGCAGCAAGAGUCCCCCGCCGUUGGCGGACGCAGCGGUAGGAAAGGGGUUCCACCCCUGGAAAAAGAGUCCACAGAGCAGCGGGAGUUCACCGCAACACACGGGCGGAAGUGGCACCGGAUGCACGACGACUGGCGUCACGCAGAGACCGACAGCGACAAGCAGCGCCGGGAGUACCGGUGGCUAUGCCCGAGCACCGGUCACCUCCUGCGCCUCCACCGCGCCGCAAUACGGUAGCGAUCUCUACUUCCCCGGCACGGCGAGUGCCCAGCCCGCCAGCGAUCCACAUCACCACCAGAGCAGCAUCCUGGGCAAGGUGGAGGGCGCGACCCUGGGCUCCGUCUACGGCCGACAUCCCUACGAGUCCUGGCCCUUCAACACCAUGCCAGGCGCCACGCACGGCGGCAUCAAGGCCGGCGACGGCUGGUGGGACGUGCACGGAGCGGCCACCGGCGGCUGGCUCGACGUCAGCGGCACCGUGGGCGUCGGCGUCCACGCCGCCCAAAUGGCCAACUACUCAGCCGACUACUCCAGCCUGGCCCUGGCCGGCAACCACCUCCUCACGUCGGCCACCACCGCCGGCCACAACCUCCUCCAAGACACCUACAAGUCGAUGCUCCCGGGCGGACCGCCCGGCUUCGGACUCCAUCACCACGCGGCUGCCACUGGAGGCGGCGCUGGCAGUCCCCAAGGCGGCGGCACCGGCGGCGCCAACGUGAGCCAAGCCCCAUCGCCCCGCUCCCAGAGGCGCUACACCGGACGAGCCACCUGCGACUGCCCCAACUGCCAAGAGGCCGAGCGACUGGGACCCGCUGGCGUCCACCUCCGGAAGAAGAACAUCCACAGUUGUCACAUACCCGGCUGCGGCAAGGUCUACGGGAAGACAUCUCAUCUUAAGGCCCACUUACGGUGGCACACUGCGACACCUGCGAACCCACACCGGCGAAAAGAGAUUCGCCUGUCCGGUCUGCAACAAGCGGUUCAUGCGCAGCGAUCAUCUCGCGAAGCACGUCAAGACCCACAGCAGCAGCAGCAGCAGCGGCAGCAAGGGCAAGGGGGGAGCGGGGAGCUCGUCGGCCGAGUCCUGCUCCGACAGCGAGGACAACGGGAGUCAGCAGAGUCCCAAUUCCAACUCGGUGCCACCGCCCCAGUCACAGGGUCCUCAGGGCCUAGUGGCGCAGGGAGCGGGGGGCCAGGACACUCAGAACAACACCAGUCUGUCGCAUCAACCGACAACGCCCAUGACCCCAAUGCAGAUGACCCCACCGCCUCUAACCCCACACCAUCCCCACCACCCUCAUCUCCCGCCUCUAAUGCACCAUCCGCAUCAUCACGCAACCUCCGUACCACACCAUCAUCCACACGCGGGGAUGAGCAUGCACUGAGCCCGGUGGGGCCCGGAGCCGGUGGCUGCAAUAACGGUUCAACGGCACUGGGCUCCCCCCUAUCCUACCCCCUAAAUCUCAAUCUCCUCCACCAUCAGAAUCACUCCCUUCACAAUCAACAACUACACCUUCAUCAUCACCAUCAUCCCCACCAUCAUCAACAACAACAACAACAUCACCACUCCCAACACCAGCAGUCGCGUCAAAACAACUCCUACACGGUUUCGCAGAAUCCCGGCAAUCCUGGCACACCAGGGACCGCGCAGACUCCCUCACCGUCGUCCCCGCCGCCUGUACAUAGUCUCUAGGCCGACACCUCCCCGUGCAACCCCCAGCACUUUCAUCUACCAAUCACCGAUCGUUAACGUGUAAAUACUUAUACAUAGUGAGCGCGAGAGAGAAUACGAAAUGAUAAUAUUAUAUUGAGGCGAUAUAAUAUUGUACAAAGAGAAAGAGUUAUUGAAAAACAAAGAAAGAAAAAAUCGCAAAAAAGAAAACUUGUGCACUAAGACACUGACUCUUAUCUUCAACACCCAAAUCUAUGAAAGUUGAUCUUGCUAAGCUCCUUUAUUAGUUAUUCGAAAUAGUUGGUUCUGUUCAUUAUUCAGCAACUCUUUUCUCAUUAUCUAUCUCAAAGACUUCUAAAUUUUACUUCUACUUUUUUUCAGCAAAUAUUUCUCAUUUUUAUGAAAAUUGCUAUAUACGAACAAUUUCCUAUUUUUUUCAUAUCAACAUUGAAUUUAUGCAAAAUUUAUAAGAUUGAUAUUGAUACUUUUUGAGAUUUCUAUAUUUAUUUGCAUGAUCGAUCUAGCUCAUGAAUCAUUGGUCCAAAUUCAAUGCUACAAUUACUGCGGUCUCAGUAUGGUAUUAGUACUGAGAUGAGCAUUAUUUUAAAAUAACAACGAAAUAUUCGUACAACUUUUUGAUUGGUUGACAAAAAAAACAUAUUUCAUACAGUGGAAAAUUUGGACCACUGAUAGAUUUCCAUAUCGUUGGUAGAAUUUUUUAUUAUUGUAAUAAAUUUUUCAAAAACUUAUCCACGAGUAAUUUUAGACCACUUUCAAAAAUUUGGACCACUACCAAAAAUCCUACCAAUGACCCGGAAUUCUGUCGAAUUCCUGGUCAUUGGUAGGAUUUUUUAUUGUUACUAAAUUUUUCAAAAAUUUAUCCGGUGGAAAAUUGGGACCACUAUCAAAAAUUUAUCCAGUCGAAAAUUUG